AUGGCCUCCACAGCCCCCGCGGCCGAUCAGCGCGGGUUGGGCGCUUCCGACGCGGUGGAGCAGCUCGGCGCCCUCCAGCGGCGCUACGACGAGCUGCGCGAGCGGAUGGACGACGCCAUUGCCGUAUUGGAUGUCACGUCGAUGGAGGCGCGGCUGGCGGCGCUGGAGAAGGAGGCGGCGUCGGCGUCGCUGUGGGAUGAUCCCGACCGCGCUCAGAGCGUGCUGUCGCAGAGCAAGGGCAUCCAGAGGGAGCUGGCGGACGUGGGCGAGUGCAAGGGGGUCUUGGAGGACGCGGCGGUGGGCCUGGAGCUCCUGGAGGGAGGCGGCGAUGACGCGGAGGGGCGCUUGCUGAGGAGGGAUGUUGCGCAGGCGUUGGAUAGGUUGGACUCGGACCUUGCAAACUGGGAACUGAAGCUCCUGCUUUCAGGCCCCUAUGAUGCGAACUCUGCCUUCCUGACCAUACAAGCUGGAGCUGGUGGCACAGAGGCGAUGGACUGGGCGGAGAUGUUGGAGAGGAUGUACCUCAGGUGGGCGGAGAAGAAUGGAUUUGAGAUCCGUGUGUUGGACAGGCUGCCUGGUGAAGAGGCGGGCAUAAAGAACGUCGAGCUGGAGCUGUCUGGCAGAUACGCUUAUGGGUACCUUGCUGGAGAGAAGGGCACCCACAGGCUUGUCAGAAACUCACCUUUCAACUCAGCCAACACCCGCCAGACCAGCUUCGCUGCGGUGGAGGUUGCGCCAGUACUUGGCGAGGAGGCGAGCGAAUUUGAGCUGGCAGACAAGGACCUGGAGAUCACCACAAUGCGGUCUGGCGGCAAGGGUGGGCAGAACGUGAACAAGGUGGAGACGGGCGUGCGGGUGCGACACAAGCCCACGGGGAUUACAGUGAAGUGCACGCAGCAGAGGUCACAGCUGCAGAACAAGAACACGGCGUUGGAGCUGCUGCGGGCCAAGCUGAUGGUGAUCGCCGAGGAGCAGAAGGCGAAGCAGGCUGCAGACAUACGGGGCGAUCUGGUAAGGGCGGAAUGGGGACAGCAAAUUAGGAAUUAUGUGUUUAAUCCUUACCAGCUUGUCAAGGACGUGCGGACAGGGCAUGAGGUGACGGACGUUGUGGGUGUGCUGGACGGUGACCUAGAAGGCUUCAUUCAAUCCUUUUUGAAAAACAGGGGCAGACAAAAACGGCAGACAGAGAGCGAGCAAGCUGGGGAGUAG